AUGUCUCAGGAAAAUACAAACUACGAUGCCAUUGUCAUUGGUGCUGGUGUUGUUGGACCAUGUCUAGCCAAAUGCCUUGCCUCACAGGGCCGUAAGGUUCUCAUUGUAGAACGUGAAUGGACAAAACCAAACAGAAUUGUUGGAGAGUUGAUGCAGCCUGCGGGGUUGCUUGCCCUAAAGAGACUAGGAAUGGCCAAGGCAGUCAAUAAUAUCGAGGCCAUCCAAGUUGAUGGUUACUAUGUAUCCUAUUUCGGUAAGGGCGUUACUAUUCCGUACCCAACCAAGGAUGUCCUCAAGAAUCUCAACACCAAGCCCGUCCCCGGCGCCAUUAAGGAAAACGACGUUGAAGAUGACGGCGACAGAAUUGCCACUGAUACCACUCUCAAUAUGAAGGAAUGGGAAAAUUCUGAAACUGUUAAAGGUGUUGCCCUACAUCAUGGUGAGUUCUUGAUGAAUUUAAGAGAAAUCUGUUUGAGGGAGAAGAACGUCACCAAACUGGAGGGUAACGUCACCGACAUUGUCUACGAUGGCGAUCGUGUUGUGGGCGUCAAAGUCCAGAAUCAGGGCGUCUUCAAUGCCUCCCUAGUUUUCUCAUGCGAUGGUAUCUAUUCGAAAUUCAGGAAACAAUUGGCCGAAGACCACGUUCCAAGCAUUGGAUCCUACUUCAUUGCCCUCGACCUCGUGGACGCCCCUCUACCUUCCAAAUACCAUGGACAUGUCUUACUUGGUGAGCAUGCUCCAGUUUUAAUCUAUCAAAUUUCUCCUCAUCAUAGUAGAAUCUUAUGUGCCUAUAGAUCUAAAACCUUGCCAAAGAAACAGGAGGUUUUGGACUAUUUGAGAAAAUCGGUUUUACCAAAUUUACCAGACCAGGUAAAGCCAAGCUUCGAGAAGGCAUAUGAGGAAUCCGUCAAUGGUAGCUCAAUCUAUAAGGCUAUGCCUAAUCAAUUCUUAACGGCACGUUUAAACGAUGUCCCUGGCUUCAUCUGUGUCGGCGAUUCCUUAAACAUGAGACACCCGCUCACCGGUGGUGGUAUGACAGUUGGUUUGAACGAUUGUGCCUUGUUGGUGGAAAUUCUAUCCGAAUUGACAAAUGAACAAUUGAAGGAUCAUAAUUUGGUUUUUGACGCUAUGACCCGUUUCCAUGAUGAACGGAAACCCCUCGAUGUCGUCAUUAAUACUUUGUCAAUUGCUCUUUACAGUCUAUUCGCAGCUGAUAGCUCUUCAUUAUCGAUUCUACAACGCGGUUGUUUCCAUUACUUCCUUCGUGGUGGCGAUUCCAUCUCAGGACCUGUUGGUUUGUUGAGUGGUAUGACCCCCAGACCAUCCUUAUUAUUCUACCACUUCUUUGCUGUUGCCUUUUACUCUUGUUGGAUUAACAUCAAGGAGAAAGGUGUACUCGGUUUCCCCAUAGCUCUCAUCCAAAACACAUUGGCUCUUAUUACUGCUUGUAAUGUACUUCUCCCAUUCCUUUCAAGGGAAAUCUUUUCCUAA